AUGCGGGUCGAUCCUGAUUCACCCGCAUUCGUGGAUCGCAAGGUCAAGGCUUUACUUAACAAGUUGACCAUGCAGAAGUUCGAUUCCAUCUCUGAUCAAGUUAUCGCUUGGGCGAAUAAAUCGGAGAAAGAGAAGGACGGACGGACUCUCAUUCAAGUCAUUCGACUCGUCUUUGAGAAGGCUAUUGAUGAAGCUAUUUGGUCGGAGAUGUACGCCCGCCUUUGCAGGAAAAUGAUGGAACAAAUCAGCUUCAAAGUCCAGGAUGACGGUAUCAAGGCCACAGACGGAAAGCCCAUCACUGGUGGUCAACUCUUCCGAAAAUACAUGCUCAACAGAUGUCAAGAAAAUUUUGAGCGCGGUUGGGUAGCGAAGGAGGCAACCGCUGCUGCUGCUGCUGUCAAAGCUUCGAGGGAUGAAGCUGCAAAGGCUGUCAGCCGGCAGAGCAAGGAGGGUGGGACUGAGAAAGUCGCGCCUUAUUCUGAUGAAUACUACGCUGCACAGAAGGCCAAGCGACAAGGUCUCGGUCUGAUCAAGUUCAUUGGAGAACUCUUCAAACUACAAAUGUUGACUGAGCGUAUUAUGCAUGAAUGUAUCAAGAAACUGCUCGGAAACGUGGAGAACCCAGAGGAGGAAGAGAUUGAAAGUUUGCGCACAUUGCUGACCACUGUCGGCGCCAGUCUCGACACACCGAGGGCCCGGGCCUAUAUGGACGUUUAUUUCUCUCGGAUGAAGGAGCUUUCCAAGAGCCAGAAUGUAAGCUCACGGGUGCAGCUCGUCUUGCAGGAUAUCAUUGAGUUGCGAGAACGGAAGUGGAUUUCCCGUAACGGAGUUGCUGCACCAGCGACGAUUGCUCAGAUUCAUGCAAUGGUGAGUCGUGAGGAGCAUAACAUGUGCAAACUCUUAUUUGGGUUCGAAUAG